GCGGGAAGAUACCCGUAUAUUUGCGCAUGCGCAGAUCAUGUUGCUUUUUACUAUUUUAACCACGGAGUUGAAAUUAAAAUUAAAAACGUUAAAGUGACUCUUGGAAAAGUGAACAUUUUAAUAUCACCGUUUUUCUUUUCGUAUUAAAAAGUCGGAUUAGUUAUACUAAAAACUUCUGAAAGCGAUCAUAGCAUUUGAUAUUCAAUUUGCUAGUUUUUGAAAAUAACCCGGGCUAAAGAUGCUGGGCAGUGACUCACGAUCGAGAAAUGGUAUGAUGAUGGGAUACAUGUUUGGUCAACAACUCUCGUCAGCGCCAGACGGCUUAGAACGGGAUAUCAACUCUGUUACGUCGCUGCACCGUAUGGAUAAAUUUCCGACAAGUAGUCCAGGUUCUGGCACUGGGCUUUACAAAUCCGCUUUCUCCAAAGCAAACUACGGAAAACCGGAUUAUACCAAACCAGGGUUCCACAUGCAAUCUGAACAUUAUCAAAUUCCGCAGCAAUUUCAUUCUCAUAUGACAACAAUAGCAGACAAGCAUGGUGCCUAUAGUGCGAAUGGCUUAAGCAUGUCUUCGCCUAACGUAGAUAUGAGGAACACAACGGCUGGUUAUCAGAUGUCUUCAUACAAAUCCGGCAAUACAAGAAAACAACGACGAGAAAGAACUACUUUUACACGAACACAGCUAGAUUUACUGGAAUCACUGUUUGAAAAGACAAGGUAUCCAGACGUCUUCAUGCGUGAAGAAAUUGCGAUGAAAAUCAACCUGCAAGAAUCAAAAGUGCAGGUCUGGUUCAAAAACAGGCGUGCCAAAUGUAGGCAGCAAAAGAAGGCCAAGGAGGACAACAGCAGAAACAAAUCGCCAACACCGGAGAAAGCUAAAGACUCUAGCCCUUCUCCAUCCCUAUCCCCCACCGGAAGUGAAGUCAAUGCGACGCCAAUAUCCAGACCACUGAUAAACGGAAGCGUAAACGCACCGACAUCAAUCUGGAACCCGGCUUCAAUGUCUUCAAUGAGCGAUCUGACAUACCAGAAUAGUUGUAUGCAGGGAACCGGAAGUUACACAAAAAGUACCAUGCCCACCGGGUAUUCUUAUCAAAAUUAUGGACUACCUUCAUAUAACGGACACUCGGAUUACUUAGUGCCUACGCAACUUCCUGUUAUGCAUCCCAGUCAGUACAACACGAUGUCGAACAUUUAUUCUAGCCAGUAUCCAUCAUUUCAGACACCACAGAGCUUUUCCCAACCACCUGUGGACGAGCGGGACUGUUUCGAAUAUAAAGACAACUCAAAAUUUCUAGUUUUGUAAAACUAUUUUACAAAUGUUACUGUCGGAGAAUGAAAAAUAGAUAUUAGACGUACGGUACGUAUAUACAUUCCGUUAAAAAGCACGCGCAGACUCCGGAAACUGACGAUCCUCUAUGAA